UGCGCAAUAAUUGAAAUGGCGCAUUUGGCUGCGGGCGGACUGCGAGGGCGCACAGUGAAUGAUGUCCAGACGUCAUUUGCUUUUAAUGGCCUCCAGGAAAUUUGCCAUUACAAUUCUCACAGACAUUAGAGCAAAGAGAGGAGUGCGGGGGAAAGCGCCGCAUGCAUGAGCACCAAGAUCCAGAUUUUUUGCUUUGUUAAAAGAAUACGCGUCUUUUAUCGCCACUUUAUCAACAAGUUCCAGUGCGCCUCCUGCUUUAGCUAGAGAGACUUUUACUCGUUCAGGGAAGGAAAAUGUGUUGCCUUUGCGAAAGAGCCUGGGGGAAUAUUACAUCAGACGAAAUGACAAUGAUUAAAAUCAGCCUUUCUGCCUCUCCAAAGUCUCAGGAACGGCGCGGUGACACUUGCCUGAUGCGUAAACCGUUAUAUGCCGAACUUUAAACCCUCGCCAGCUAUUUUUACUUCGCGAAAGAGCGCGAGGCUAAAUAAUCGAGGGGAAUAUCAGGUUUGCAUCUGUUCCAAUGAGUCUGCUCGGGUUUGAGUUAAUUGUCCUCUAAUCCUGUGGCCCCAGAGGCGUUUGCGCAGCCUGGAGCCAGAAUUCUUCUUUCGGCUCUGCUCUGAUUUAGAGACGGAUUAUUGGCUUCCUUCUGCCCAUAAGCAAAGCAGCAGAUUCACCGUGGCCAAAAAAGACAGUGGCGAGGCUGAUAUACGCGACCGAAUCAGAGUAUUAAGAAAUAAGAAGAUCAAGAGGGGGAAGGAGAGCUCUGGUCUCCUGGAGAAGGAAGGGAGAAGCAUGUCACGCCUGUCUCUGACCCGGUCUCCGGUCUCUCCUCUGGCCGCGCAGGGGAUUCCACUGCCGGCUCAGCUCACCAAAGCCAACGCGCCCGUGCACAUCGACGUGGGUGGCCACAUGUACACCAGCAGCCUGGCGACCCUCACCAAAUACCCAGACUCACGGAUCAGCAGGCUGUUUAACGGAACCGAGCCGAUCGUUCUGGACAGUUUAAAGCAGCAUUACUUCAUCGACAGGGACGGAGAGAUAUUCCGCUAUAUUCUGAGCUUCCUGCGAACCUGCAAACUGCUCCUGCCGGAUGACUUUAAGGACUUCAAUCUCCUGUACGAGGAGGCGCGCUAUUAUCAGCUGACACCCAUGAUCAAGGAGCUGGAGCGGUGGAAGCAGGAGCGGGAGCAGAGACGUCUGGCGCAGCCCUGCGACUGCCUGGUCGUCCGCGUGACCCCUGACCUCGGCGAGCGGAUCGCCCUCAGCGGGGAGAAAGUUCUCAUCGAGGAGAUCUUCCCCGAGACCGGUGACGUCAUGUGUAAUUCGGUCAACGCUGGCUGGAACCAGGACCCGACCCACGUCAUCCGCUUCCCUCUGAACGGCUACUGCAGACUGAACUCAGUGCAGGUGUUGGAGCGUCUCUUCCAGAAGGGCUUCAGCGUGGCUGCGUCCUGCGGCGGCGGCGUGGACUCGUCCCAGUUCAGCGAGUACGUGCUGUGCCGCGAGGACAGGCGGAGUCAGUCCAUGAACACGCCCAUCAGGAUAAAGCAGGAGCCGCUGGACUAGAGUCACACGCUCAGGCCCUCGGCCCCUCGACACACAGACUCGCAGCGUUUAUACGGGGAAUGUAAUGUACACACACACACCGCACCAAGAAAGCCCAAAGAACUUCAACAGGAUCUUGCUGUUCUGCCCAAACCACCAAUCAGAGGACGUCCUCACGCAUAUGGAAUGCUGGCCACGCCCCUCUGCCGGUGCAGUGUGUGUUAUUUUCUUGUAAUAAUCAAGGCUCAGUGCUUACAAAUGAUGGCACUGACGCCAACACGACUCCAUCGUCAGGGGCCGAGGGUCGAUUUCUGGCUCCCCACGGAUUGUUUUUCAUUUCAACCUUGUUGUUUAUAAAGUUCAAGACUUUUUCACUCCUUAUAGCGCCAUGUUGUAUGCGGUUAGCAGUACUAGGAUGGAGUUUUGUGUUUAUUUCUUUUGUUACAUGAAGGAUGAUGGGAGUGUUGUUCUGAAGGCAUUACGUUUGAGAGACUUUCCUGGCAGCGCUCGCAGAAACGCUAUUACGCCCUCGGGCUGCGUGGCGAAAGCAGUCUGGGGUUUAAUGCGUUCGGCGCUCCAGCAGCCUUCUUUGUUUGAAGGAGCUGCAAGCAAACGCCGGUGUUUCUGAAGCCUGCAUUGAAAAAUAGGUAACGCUGAUGGAGCGAGCUGUAGUUAAGCAUAUCGUUAAACGUUUGAAAUUUUUAUAAGCUCUCUAAUGCUUGAAUCAAAAGAGUUCUGAACUAAAUACAAAGAGUUGUGUGUGUUACGAACAAAAGUUUAAGGAUCUUGAGGCAAAACAUUGGAAGGUGAAGACAUGUGAUUGUGUCUAGAGGAAAUCCAUAGUGUUCAUAACAUACGUUUGCACUUAAAUGCAUCUCAGACGCCAAGACGACGGUGUGAAAACAAGCCGCCCGCGUGUUUAUAGAUUCAGUGGAAAUAGACUCAAGUUUGAGUCUGCUGACAGAAUGAGGGUAGUAACUAUGGUGCAUUAAUUUUUAAACCAUCUUUGUGAAUGAAUAAUCAUUAUUCAUUAGCCCAGUUUAUCAGGUUCAGUUUUUCGAUUGUUUGAAGUUGUCCGUUUUCUGUUUUUGACGUCAAAAUGUUGUCAGAUGCUGAAUCAAGGAAGGAUACGUUGUGAAUUUGUGUGAUGAAUGUGGCUUCUUGUGUCCAAACGCUCAGAGACGUCUCACAUGUGUUUACACUGGACGUGUGCCGCACAGAACCACAUCUACAGUAAACUAACAAAUCUACACUGCAGGCACACAUCGGGACACUUUAAUGUGUCUGAAAAAUAUGGCCGCCAUGAAAUAAAAAAUAAAAAAGCUAAUUGCGACUUUUUUUCUCACAAAUGUGAGUUUAUAUCUUCAUAUAAAUGUAUGUCAUGCAAUUUUGAGGGAAAAAAAAGUCACAAUUCUGACUUUUUAUCUCACAAUUCUGACUUUAUAACUUGCAAUUGCAAAUUUAAAUCUCAAGAUUCUGAAAAAAAAUGUGAAUUGUGAGAUAAAAAGUCACACUUUACUCUUUUUAUAUUUUUAUUUAGUGGCGGAAACAAGCUUCCAUGGAAAAAAGAUUUGCAAAAAUAAUAAAUUGAUUGCCAUACAACUAUUUUUUUUUUUCUGUCCCAUCAAAGCCAGCUUGUAAUUUGCUCUUUAACCUAAUGGAUUUAACCCUUCUAUUGUCCAAAACUUUUAAUGUGACCUAUAUAUAUAUUUCUAAUGAAAUCUAUAAAAAAUAAAAUUAUAUUGUAUACAUUAUAGACAGUAAUUAUAUAUAUAUAUAUAUAUAUAUAUAUAUAUAUAUAUAUAUACAGUAGUGUCCAAAAGUGAUGGAAAAUUGCCAUUUUCCCCCUUUACUUAAAUAUUAUUAAAAAAAAAUAAAAAAUUGCAAAGAAUGUUUAAACAUAUUUCCGUAGUUGUGCUUAGAGUCAAUUGUUUUAUUUGUGAUAAUAACUCAAUGAAACAUGCCAAAUUGUGCAACAGUGUUUGUCCAGGCUAUCAUACAGAGAAAUUAUGAACACAUGCAAAAACAAGAGAACCAACAAAAUAUUCAUAACUGAUUGUCGUAGUCUGUGUUUGCUUUUUCCUGUGAGCUUUUUGUUUUUUUAUGCAUUUGUUUUUGCAUGUAAAAUAAAACCUGUAGCUGUAGUUUGACAUUUUUUGGCAAAUAAUUUUGUCAGAUAAACACCUUAACCAAGUUCAGUGUUUUGUUUUUCCUUCAUAUUUAAAAUAUUUAAAAAAUAUAAAAUAUUUUCCUCAUGUUUUGACAAAAAACAUUGACAUUAAAAACAAAUAUCUCCUCUGAACAUCACUUUUGGCCACUUCUGUGUGUGUGUGUGUGUGUAUAUGUGUGUAUAUAUAUAUAUAUAUAUAUAACCAAAAAUUAUUCAGACAUAUUUGGUAUUUUUGUUAUAUUUUACUAGUGGGUGCAGGACACUAUAGUUCAUUUCUGUAAGUGAGGAUAGCAAAAUAAAGUAAACUGUCACAUAUUAUACCCAAAAAUUCUUCAUACAGUAGACUACCAGUAAAAUUGAUAAAUGUGGAAACAAAAAUUAUUCAGACACUUUGACCUGACCAUGUUUUGCUUAAGUGUUAUCUAGAUUAAUUCUGACACAGUUUAACUCUGAGAUCUUGUCAUAUUUUAUUACCAUUUUUUUAAACUGUAGUGAAUAAACUGAAUUAAUGAAUGAAAUGUUCAAGGUGUCUGAAUGCAUUUUGGUUUGACUGUAUAUAUAUAUAGUAAAUGAACCUUUUCUUUAUUUUGGAGAAUCAUAAAAGGGACAAUUUUCUUAAGGUAAUAGGAGGGUUAUGUCAUUUUUUUUUAUUCAACCACGUGUAUACAUUUUUUUGCUAUUUUUAAAUUGUUUUUAUGAUGUAGGUCUAGCCUCCGUUGUUAGUGAGCGGUGCGGCUUCAGUCCAGUGUAGACACACACAGGUCAUCAUCAUCAUCACAGCACUGGUCUGGGUGGAGGUCACUUCCCUUCCACUGAUCAUCCCGAUCAAAGUCCAACAGAAGAACAAACUCCUCCAGUCUGUGUUUGUGUGACUCACACAUGCUGUUUGUUCUCGCCCAAACGUCCUGAUCAAAAACAAACAGCCUCGUUCUGAUUUGUCCAUCCAAAGUUUAGUUUAACUCAAGAUAGAUGCAGUCUGGAGUCUGAAUGUGUUCAUUAACACAGUCGUUUUCUUUGCCGUCUGAUUAAGCGUCCACAGCUGCAGCGUCUCGGCUUCAGGCGCGUCUCUCCCCCCGCAGGGAAGCCCACUCGAUCCGGCUUUGUUCUGACCCAGAGCUGGUCCAGUUCUGUCACAAAGGGAAUGGCCAACCACCCCUUUCAUGUGCCGAAGGGUGUGUGUGUGAGAGCAAUCCUCACAUGCAUUCCCAGGGCAGCACAUUUACAAACCCAAAACACACAGAGCGCAAACACUGAACCGCUCAGAUCAUGUGGAUUCAAAAGAGUGAAUCCCGGUGCGGAUAAAACAGUGUAUGUUGUACCUAACAAGAUUAAAGUUGGCUUAACAGAAGGUUUUCAAAUUCAGAUGAAUCGUUGGAUUCCUUUCCAUGUUGUUGUAAUGCAUUUCAGGACUCUGUGGAUUGGGUGAAACACUUCAUCAUCAGGCCUCAACCCUGGUACUAUGUACAGUAAUUUGUAUAUUGAAACAGUUCAGAUGCUGGUUUCUCUUUGUAAACAGACCCAAAAACAUCCUGACACUGCUUUAAUACUAGAAGACUGGUGGACUGAAAAUGAGCAAAGCAAUAUGAUAUGUACAUACAAAUGACAAAAGAAAAUCCUCAACAUUUCAAAAUGUCUACCAAGGUGAAAACUGUCAUUAUUUAAUGUAUUAAUAAUUAGACUGUGGUAUUAAAGGGCAUGUGUUUAUUUACAGUGUCUUUUUUUUAUUUACUUGCAUAUUUGCUAUAAUAAAAAAAGCGUAAUAUUCA